CACACCGCAACACCCACAAAUCCGCACACACGCACACAAAUCACUUCCCAUUUCCCCUCCCUCACACACACACACACAGACAUCAGUUCACACAAGAUGGCAGCUUCCGGUGCAUUCCUGCUCUCUAUUUUCCUGCUGCUCUCUCUCUCCGCCGCCCAGCAGAUCGUGGAGAGCGAGAGGAGUGGAUCGGAGGCCAAGGUGCGCUUAUUGGAUCGUUUCGAUAACCGAUAUCCCGAUGGCAGUUACGAGUAUCGAUUCGAAUUGGACGAUGGAACAUCGCGCUAUGAGCGCGGAUACUUUGGCAAAAUCAACGAGAUCAAGACCCUGAUGGUCGUUGGCUAUUAUUCGUAUCGAAUGACCGAUGGACGGUUCAUCACCGUGUUCUACAAUGCCGAUCAAUUUGGUUAUCGGCAGAAUCAAUCGAUCACACCGCAAGUGUAUCCCAACCUGCCGCGUUCCAUUGAAGUGCCCCUGGCCGGGGAGACCUUCCCCUUGGAUGCCACUUCCAGUUCCCGGUCGGAGUCUCCCUCUGCUCCGGUAACCCCCUCCCAAUUGUCCACGUCGACGCCCCGGGGAACGGGAACGGGAGCAGGAGCGGGGAACGCGACUCCGAAUCGCAGAGGGGGCCGCUACUGA